AAAAUAGAACAGUCGCCAGCGAUCGCCGCUUUUACUCACGCAAUACGUUUAACCUAAAAUUACACCGUAUUAAUCUCACAGUCUUAAUUAGAUACAGAUAUGGCACAGGAAAUCGAAGGAUUUUUCAAAAUAUUCCAUGAAAAAAUCAACAACUCCUUAGACGAUGUGACAAAGAAUAACUUCGCUAAUUUAGAAACGAAUUCAAAGCGAGUUGGAUACUUGUGUAGUCUGCCUGUGAUGAAAGAUUGUGAUCUUUCAGAUGAGAUUGAAAAGUGCAAAACUGGAGGCGAUUUCCCUGUUAAGAAAUGUAUAGAGAGAGCAAAAGAGGGAAAGGAAGAAGGAAAUAAGUGUGUACAGAAGGGGGACUGGGUGAAAGCCCUAUAUUGCUAUAACCAAAGUAUCCUCGAUAUGCCACAGAAAGAAACUGAAGAAUUGUCCAUUCUUUUUGCGAAUCGAUCAGCAGCUCUUAAUCAUUUACAACGAUACGAAGAAGCCCUAGCAGACAUUCGUCGCUGUCUAUCACUAGGAUAUCCUCGACACCUUCGAUACAAAGUUUACGAAAGAAAAGCCCGAUGUUUACUUGUUCUGAAGAGGAAUCAAGAGGCGAUAAGAGCUUUUCAAGAUACAAUAUCAGCACUUGAUGAAGCCAGCAGUCUUAGUAAAGAAAAAAGGCAAAAAAUGAGAACGGACGCUAAACUUAUGUUGGAGGUGUUGAACAAAGGUAUGUCAUUAGCAGGAAACCCAAAAGAUCCAGAACCAAUAAAGAAAGCGCCUCCGAAACCGAAGAUUUCAAGUAAAAGUAAUCCGGAAUAUCCGGCUGCAUCCGAUGCCAUUACAAUAGAUUAUGAUGAGUCUAAAGGACGAUAUGCGACUGCAGCGAGGGAUGUUCAGGCUGGAGAAACGGUGCUCGUAGAGAAGCCGCACAGUGGAGUUCUGUUGGCUGAAUACGCGAGGACACAUUGCCAAAAUUGCUUUAUAAGAUGUCCGAUUCCUAUAGCAUGCCCCAAAUGUCCAAACGUAGUUUUCUGCAGUGAAAAUUGUCAAGAAAUCGCGCUCAAGUCGUAUCAUGGCUAUGAAUGUCAAAUCUUACCACUCAUAUGGAAGUCUGGUUGUUCUAUUACGUGUCACAUCGCGCUAAGAAUGAUAACCCAAAAUACAAAGAAGUAUUUCGAAGAUUUAUACAAAAAUCUAGAUUUCAAACUUUCUGGGCAAUACAAAACCAAUGAUUACAAAAAUAUUUUCCACUUAGUCGCACAUGAAAACAAGAGGACCAAACAAGACUUUUUACACCGAACACAAAUGGCGACAUUUUUAAUGAAACUUCUUGAUAUCAGUGGCUAUUUAGAUGGAAAGCCGCGAGAGAAAUGUGUUGGGAUUGAUGAAAUGAAAACGAUGGCAAUUACAGAGAAUCGUGAAAACGAUGUCGAAUUAUUCGGUGCGUUAUUACUGAAGAAUCUUCAAGUAUUGCAAUUUAACGCCCAUGAAGUUUUUGAGUUGCAAUGUCCAAAACCAAAAAAGGAUCAUAAUAUUAUUAAGCAUCAGGGGAAGUCCGUUUUCGUAGCUGGUGCAGUGUAUCCUACUCUUGCACUCUUCAAUCACUCCUGUGAACCCAGUGUUGUGAGGUACUUUUGCGGUUCUCGCGUUGUUGUUCGCGCUGUAAAGAAUAUAAAAAAAGGUGAUGAAGUAGCCGAAAACUAUGGCCCUAUAUUUACGACAGUUCCGAAAGAGAAAAGAAAAGCAGAUUUAAAAGAGCGAUACUGGUUCGAUUGUAGUUGUAUUCCGUGCGAGCAGGACUGGCCUUUGUACAAAGAUAUGACAGAAAACUAUAUGAGGUUUAAAUGCGAUUCGGGACAACCGUGCCCUAACGUGGUACCAGUGGCCCAUGAUUGCACAGAGUUUAUGGUAAAAUGCGGUCUAUGCCAGCAGUACACUAAUAUCCUAAAAGGCCUUAAGUCAUUACAAGAUACUGAUAUGCUAUUUAAGCUUGGUCGAGCUGCAAUGGAAGAAGGAAAAUAUGGUGAGGCUAUGAAGAAAUUUGUUGAAGUAUUAAAGUUGUAUGACAACACACUUGCUCCUCCAUACCAAUCUUACUACGAUUGUGUGCAGGAUUUAAGACGUUGUAUGCUAUCUUUUGGCAAUUACAGUAUCGUUUAGUUUUCUUUGAGUGGAUUGGAAAUAUUUAUUGAAUAUUAUGCUAACAAAUAAACAUUAUAACAACUUUGA